AUGCCUGCCGCACGCGUGCCGCCCGGGUCCGGAUCCCCCAAACUCCCACCGGGAUCCUGGGACGCGCACGUCCACAUCUUCGAGCCCUCGCGCUUCCCCUUCAAGCCCGACCGCUCCUACAACCCGCAACCCGCACCGCUCUCCUCCCUGAUCGAGUCCCCCCACGCGCAGCAAAAAAACAUCCUCAUAGUCCAAGCCAGCAUCGAGUCCAGCCCCGAGGGGCUCGCCACGCACCUCCGCGAAGCCAAAUCCCAAUACCCCGAUCGCACGCUUCGGGGAACCAUGGCGGCGGACCCGGACGAGGAGACGAGCGCGUGGCACCUGAGUAAGCUGAGCGAGGGUUAUUUUCGGGACCUGCACGACGCCGGGGUGCGGAAUAUCCGCGUGCACGGCUCGUAUGGCGGGUCUGGGGACCAGCUGGAGUGGGUGCUCGGCCAGUUCCGGACCGCGGCGGAGUCGUAUGGUGGGAUUUCUGUGCAGUUGCCGAUUGGGAUGUGGGCGAGGAUGGCGCCGCAUGUGGAUGCUCUGGUCCAGCGUGGCGGCGGUGGUGGUGGUGAUGGGCCGGGCUGUGGUGGUGGUCCGCGUGGCGGGAAGAACAAGAAGAAGAAGGUCGUGCUGAUGGCGGACCACAACGGCUCCGCGACGCCCAAGGGCGUCGGGACUUCGGACUACGCGGCGUUCCUCGAGCUGCUGGCUUCCGGCAAGCUGACUGUUAAGAUUGGCGCGCUGCACCGGCGAGUCGAGGGCGGCGACAUUGCUGCGAUGGAGCCCGUGGUCAAGGACUAUGCCCGCGUUGCGCCCGGGGGCAUCGUCCGGGGCAGCGACUGGCCUCAUGUCAACACCACGCACAAGGGAUCGGAGCCUGGCCCGCCGCUAAGUGGUGUCGACACCGCCGCCGAAUUGGGGCUGAUCAAGGAGUGGCUGGCAAAGGAGCAGUGGGAUGGCAUGAUGGUGCACAACCCGGCUCGGCUACUGGGCUGGUGA